AUGAUGUCUACUAAUACGAGCACUCAAGCGGGGUUAAACCUAAUAACCAGCAGUUGUGAGAGUACCACUCCACAAGGUACUCCUCUAUCCAAUAAGGGAGAAGAAAAAAAAACUAAGGCCCUUUUAAAUAUCUUGCCAAAAUUACCUUCUAGUGAUUCUUUAUGUAACAGUCCUGGGGUCCAAAGUGUUAUGGAAAAAACUGACAACCAAACCAAUGAUAAUUUACAUUCACCUGAGUCCUGCUCAAAACUAACUCGCAAAGAAUCUUACAAAGCCCAAAGAAAAAACUACCGUAGAGAAAAAAAAAGGGUUACAAAUGAACUGCUGAAUUCUCUUAAAGACCCAGCGGUGAUAGUGUUGGCUGAUUGGUUGAAAAUAAGGGGCACCCUUAAGUCGUGGACGAAGCUUUGGUGUGUCCUUAAGCCAGGACUUCUAGUCCUAUACAAGAGUCCAAAGGCCAAGAGUAGUCAUUGGGUUGGAACAAUACUUUUGAACUCUUGUAAAGUGAUUGAGAGGCCGAGCAAAAAGGAUGGUUUUUGCUUUAAAUUGUACAAUCCUUUGGACCAAUCAAUUUGGGCCCCAAGGGGACCCGAAAACGAAACAAUUGGUGCUGUUGUACAACCUUUACCUAGUUCCUAUUCAAUAUUUAGAGCUCCUUCCCAAGCAUCCGGCAUGUGUUGGCUGGAUGCUUUAGAAAUAUCAAUAAGAAACGAUGCGGCCUUGGUGAGGUCCGUUAGCAACAAGUCCGGAUCUGGAAGUACCAAUCACGAAACUCAAUGGUCAGAGGCGGACUACGAAAGACAUUUUGUGCAUGAUUUGGACGACAUAAGUCAACCGGACAACGGUGCGCAAAUUAGUGCCGGGGAAAUAAGCGAUACAGAUUCGGAAAUGUCCAUAAAGGAUGACGAAAUCGAUGAAGAUCCCAUCGAGACUCCCUACGUUCCAAACGAUGAGGAGGAAUUCGGAGAUGUUGGCGAACAAGUGGAGGAGUUGGCGGAAGAGCACAAAUCUCUCAUAUGGUACAUAGUCAAGCAAGUCAGACCUGGAAUGGAUUUAAGCAAAGUAGUCUUGCCAACGUUCAUAUUGGAACCGAGAUCGUUUCUGGACAAACUAUCAGAUUCCUAUUAUCACGUAGAUAUCCUCACCAGUGCCGUGCUGGAAGACGACGCUUUCACGCGCAUGAAAACGGUCGUGAAGUGGUACCUAUCGGGGCUGUACAAAAAACCGCGCGGCCUGAAGAAGCCCUACAACCCGAUAUUAGGCGAGACGUUCAGGUGUUACUGGCAACAUCCGAACGGUUCGAAAACGUUUUAUCUGGCUGAGCAAGUGUCCCAUCACCCGCCAGUGUCGGCUUUUUACGUCACGAACCGCCAGGACGGUUUCGCCAUACACGCGAGCAUCCUGGCGCGCUCGAAAUUCUACGGCAACUCCACGUCGGCGAUUCUCGACGGCACCGCGGUUCUAUCGUUGCUCCCCAGAGGGGAGGAUUACAAGUUGACGGUGCCCUACGCCCACUGCAAGGGUAUCUUGAUGGGUACGUUAUCGAUGGAGCUGGGCGGUAAGGUCACCAUAGACUGCGAGAAGACAGGGUAUCACACCGAAAUCGACUUCAAGUUGCGGACGUUCCUCGGCGGGGCCGAGCAAACGAAUUGCAUCACUGGUCGGCUGAAGCUCGGCAAGGAAACGCUGGCGACGUUGGAGGGCCACUGGGACGGCGCCAUCAACAUCAAGGACAAACGCACCGGCGAGCAGCAGGUGCUGUUCAGCUCGACGCAGCAGGUGCGCAAGACGCGCUUGGUGCGGUACACGGUGCCGGCCGACCGGCAGGAGGACUUCGAGAGCGAGCGCCUGUGGCAGCACGUCUCGGCCGCCAUUGGCAGGGAGGACAUGGCCGCCGCCACCGAGGAGAAGACGAUCCUCGAGGAGGCGCAGCGCGCGCGCUCCAAGGAGCGCAAGGCCAAGUGCGAGGAGUGGCUGCCGGUGCACUUCCAGCAGGACUUGAAGAACGGACAGUGGGUGUACAAGCACUCGGAUCUGCGGCCGUGGGACCCGCGCAACGAUUUGUAUCAGUACGAGUACAACUACGUCAUCGGCACCAGGACCAAGCACCCCACUCCCAUGAUCAGGACGUCCAGCAUCAUCAGCGUCGAGCCGAACACGGAAACGCGCUCGUCGACUAUGAAGGUGAUCAGCCGGAAAAUGGCAACAAAGCAAGUUUCUUCGGAUGCUGACGUCAACGAUAGCGCUACAACUUCCGAGGAGUUCCAUUCUGAUUCCACGCAGUCCAUUAGAAAAGUUUCCUUGGCUGCGACAAAUUCCGGAAUAAUGAAUGCCAUUAGCGACUUGGAGUGUAGUUUAAAGAAGCACGGGGACCGCAUAACACAAUUACAGGUAAAAAUUCAUAAAAUGGUGGAGAUCAACAAAAAUUCGAAUUUCAGUAAUUUUAAGUUAGUAUUGUUGAUAAUAUUUUCUAUGGGUGUUACACAGGCUCUCUUACUAAUGUAUUUUAAGUAA